AUGAUUCCCUCUACCAAGUCGCCAUUUAUAUUAAUUUUUACAGGUGUCAAAGUCUGUCAUGUCUCGGUUCUCAAAGACGCUUGGAUGGCUCAUCCAUUCUUAUCCAGGCAUGACUCCUUGCUCAAAGAUAAGGAUCUAGGCGACUUAAUCCAUUCAAGUCUGCCCGUCGACGCGCAAUUAACUAGUCCUGCGCCAGAGUCAGAUGUGUCUGUAGCUAACGAAGCCUCAAAAUCCACCCCUCCGCAGUCAGUGAUAUCCAAUUCCAGUGCUGAACCCAUCUCCGCGACAAUCGACCCCCUCGUGCAGCACCCAGAGAUCGAAACCCUAACUACAGGACAAUCAGAAUCGAGUGCAGCACAUCAGAAUUUGAUUACCUCUCCCAAAGGUGGAAACAAUGACGCGGUGGCUGACCUCCAGACACAGGAACUCAGCAGUCCGAAGAUGCAACUCGUUAUUGUUAGGACAAAACGGGACACACAUGAGGACGACCGUCAAGGCGAGACUGCAUGGCGUGAUGGUGAUGCCAAAUCUGCACGCAGGCCUGGGGAUGUGGACAGAGCGAUAGAGAAUGUAGGACGACCGUUAGGGAAGUCAGAGGAAGAAAGCAAAGUUGGAGAUGAGGGACUACCUUCUAAUAAGAUGAAUCUCACCCACAAGAUGGUGGAAAUUCUACCAGGAGAGCAGAUCACAUUACCUGAAGGCCGUUGCUUCUGCAUCAAUCAGGAAGUGCUAUGUCCUCGUCUAGGUGGGUCUCUUUUAAGUAUUCUCCACCACUUAAGUUUUUGCUAG